AUGACUGUCGAUAGAGUGUUGCUAAUAACAGUACUUGUUGUGGAAGGGAUUGCUGUGGCCCAAAAGACCCAAGAUGGACAAAAUAUUGGAAUUAAACACGUUCCUGCAACACAAUGUGGCAUUUGGGUUCGAACUAGCAAUGGGGGUCAUUUUGCUUCCCCAAAUUAUCCUGACGCAUAUCCACCAAACAAGGAGUGCAUCUACAUUUUGGAAGCUGCUCCACGACAAAGAAUAGAAUUGACCUUCGAUGAACAUUAUUACAUAGAACCAUCGUUUGAAUGUCGGUUUGAUCACUUGGAAGUUCGAGACGGGCCAUUUGGUUUCUCUCCACUUAUAGAUCGGUACUGUGGUGUGAAAAACCCUCCGUUAAUUAGAUCAACAGGGAGAUUCAUGUGGAUUAAGUUUAGUUCUGAUGAAGAACUAGAAGGACUGGGAUUUCGAGCAAAAUAUUCAUUUAUUCCAGAUCCCGACUUUACUUACCUUGGAGAUUGCCAGUUUGAGCUCUCAGGAGCUGAUGGAAUAGUGCGCUCUAGUCAGGUGGAACAAGAAGAAAGAACAAAACCUGGCCAAGCAGUUGAUUGCAUAUGGACAAUUAAAGCUACUCCAAAAGCCAAGAUUUAUUUGAGGUUCCUAGAUUAUCAAAUGGAGCACUCAAAUGAAUGCAAGAGAAACUUCGUUGCAGUCUAUGAUGGAAGUAGCUCUAUUGAAAACCUGAAAGCCAAGUUUUGCAGCACCGUGGCCAAUGAUGUCAUGCUUAAAACUGGAGUUGGAGUAAUACGGAUGUGGGCAGAUGAAGGUAGUCGCCUUAGCAGGUUCAGAAUGCUCUUUACAUCCUUUGUGGAACCUCCCUGCACAGGCAGCACUUUCUUUUGCCAUAGCAACAUGUGCAUCAAUAACUCAUUAGUCUGUAAUGGUGUUCAAAACUGUGCAUACCCCUGGGAUGAAAACCACUGUAAGGAGAAGAAAAAAGCAGGACUAUUUGAACAGAUCACUAAAACCCAUGGAACAAUUAUCGGCAUUACAUCGGGGGUUGUCUUGGUCCUUCUCAUUAUUUCUAUUUUCGUACAAGUGAAACAGCCUCGCAAAAAGGUCAUGGCUUGCAAAACUGCUUUUAAUAAAACUGGGUUUCAAGAAGUGUUUGAUCCUCCUCAUUAUGAGCUGUUUUCCCUGCGGGACAAAGAGAUAUCUGCGGACCUGGCUGACUUGUCAGAAGAGCUGGACAACUACCAGAAGAUGCGGCGCUCCUCCACUGCCUCCCGGUGUAUCCACGACCAUCACUGUGGAUCGCAAGCAUCGAGUGUCAAACAAAGCAGGACCAACCUCAGUUCCAUGGAACUUCCUUUCCGAAACGAUUUUGCACAACCACAACCAAUGAAAACAUUUAACAGCACCUUCAAAAAAAGUAGCUACACUUUCAAACAGGCACAUGAGUGUCCUGAACAGGCCCUGGAAGACAGAGUCAUGGAAGAGAUUCCCUGUGAGAUUUAUGUCCGGGGACGAGAAGAUUCUGCACAAGCAUCCAUAUCUAUCGAUUUCUAAUCUUCUAAAGAUGACAUUAAUUAGUAUGUGUAUAUGCAGCCUACAGAGCACCUAUUUCCAACAGCCAUCCCUUUUCUCCUUGAUGGGAGAAAUCUAAAAGGAAGACCUUCAUUUACCAUUAACAGCCUAUUGUAAUGGUGAAGUUUGUAUUAGCUCAGGCAGUCUAUAUGUUAAACCAACCAAGAAGCUUAGUCCAUGCAGUGAAAAGAAUCAUCUAUUGCUUGGUGUCUUAAAAACAAAUCACUAGUUAAAUAGUGUUUCAGGAGGCGAGUGGUUGUGUGGAGCCAGGCUCUGAAGCUGCCUGCUAGUUUCAACACCAGGAAUACUGCUCUUGAUUAAUUCUCUAAGUGUUUUGAUCCACAGUAAACUUAAGAUUUUCCUUA